CCUGUCACCUGUCAGUGUAUAUGUUUUGUGCUGUCAACUCUGUAAACGUAAACGACGUCCGUCGUCGCCAGAUAAACAAUGUGAAAUGUCUUUAAUUUUAUAAUUUCUUUAUUUAUUUAAACUUGAAGAAAAAUGAGUAUAACUUGAUAAAAGAAUAAAAAAAGCACAAAAAUGGAAACCAGUAUUCAUCAACUAACAAAUCAUUUGAAGCAAGUUGCUAAAGAUGUGAUAAGUGGUAAACAGAAAUUGUGUCUUUCCACCAGUUGUCUGAAAAUAAUAAAUGAUACAAUGGAUGCUAAUCUGGAUGCCAAUUCUUCAUUUCAGACUAUCCAGUCGAAUAAAAGUGCUGUGGUACGAGAUGCACAAUUUUUCUUGGAUCUUAUUGGAAGAACAGCAUUUUUGAAACUUAUUCCUGACACAAUAAGCACCUUGGAUAUCAUUGACAUUAGGCGAUUUACAAAUCUGAAAAUGCUAGAGAUUCAUAAGCUUGAUGUUAACCUUAUUGUGGGCAUUCAAAAACUGCGACCACAGUUGCAAGAACUAGUCUGUAUACAUUGUUUAAAAAACGUAGAUGAUAUUUUAGAAAAAUGUGGUGGUGAUCAUAGCAGUAGAUACAACUGGGGUGAACUGAAGAAGGCCAAGUUCUCUCAUAAUGAUCUUGAGGAAAUUAAUGAUAUUUUUGAGUAUACCAUUUCUCUGCAUAUGCUGGACCUAAGCCAUAAUCGCCUAAGAAAUGCAAAAGUAAUUAAUCAGCUACCAAAUUUGAAGCAUCUUAAUCUAGCUUACAAUGAACUUGUGACACCUCCAGCAAUAUCUGGUCAUGUUCGGAAUCGACUGCAGGUCCUUAUACUGAACAACAACUACAUUGAAGAUCUUACACCUCUGACAGCAGUCAAUAACUUAAUCCAUUUAGACCUGUCAAACAAUCUAUUGGUUGAUCACAAUUGCCUGCUCUCAAUUUCCCAUCUGAUCUCACUGCAAUGUCUUUAUCUCAAAGGCAAUCCUUUGGCAUAUCAUCCAUAUCAUAGGACAUUAACAUGUAACUACUUACACAAAAACACAGCAACCGUGAGGUUUUUGUUAGAUGGAGUGGCCUUGAAUAAGACUGAGCAGUGCCUUGUGGGAUCCCUGUAUCCAGUAGUGAAGUCGCAAACGCCUCAACCACAUGAAGACAAUGAAAUGGAGACCUCUACUACAUCAUCAACACAGGCGCGAAAAGUUAGAAAUGUAAAGAUUCGAGAGGAGCAUGUUGUUAAAAAGGUUACACCAAAAUCUACUCCACCACUAAGUGCCCAGCAUUUGGAGAUUAAACGACAAGUAGAACAGUUAAAGGAGGAAUAUGGAGAGAAAUGGCUAUAUAGUGAUUCAGGCCUAAUGGUACAAGAUGUAUUGGGCUUUGAAAAAUCGUCCAUCCUUCUCUCUUCAACACCAUCAGAUGGAACUGGUCAAGGCUCAAUAAAUACUGAUCCAGUAGGGGAUAUCAGCAAUUAUGAAACACCUAAUUCCACAAUAAAUGGUGCUUCUAAAGAUGCUUUCAAAACUGCUAUGGAAGAAUCACCAAUCAAUACUGAAGCAAAAGAAUCGCAAACAAAUAACGUAAAUAGUGAGGUACCAGAAGAGUCACUUGAAGCUGUUGUAGAACCAUCGAAUCUCGAAGAUCCUGUCUCAGAUGCAUCUGAUGGUGAAGAUGUAUUCUCAGGUGGUGAAGAAGGCAUCUUCCUUGCUACAAAUACGGAGGAAUCACAUCAAGUUUUUGUAGUCCUCACAGAAAGUCACAUAUCUGAAAGAGAUGUGACAACAAGCAAAGAAAAAGCUAGAUGGCAUGUUAACACAAUAGUAACAUGUACAAAACCUGAUGGUACAGAAAAUGUGGUUAAAAUAGAGUUUGAUACGUUGAGGAGAGACAGAAGACAGCGCACCUAUGAAUUAGAGGAAGCAGAUUUUAAUAAUUUUUAUGAUACUGUGAUGCAAAAGUUGAGUGAACAAAAGCAUGAUGAAAAGAAGACGUAUCAAUGCAUGAAAUGUUCAGAAACCUUUUCAGUGAAAACAAUCAAAGCUAUUUUUGUAGAGCAAUCAAUAAUAUGUCCAAAAUGUAAUAGUAAUUUAGUUGUUGAAAGUACCUAGAGCCAAAUUGUUUGUUUUAUGUUACUGUAUUCAUUGUGUUUUUGAGAAAUUAUUUUAUUAUGCAAAUCAGUGAAUAUUAUCUAUUUAUAUCGAAUAAUAAAGCUAUAUUAAUAUAUCAACUGUCUGAUGAGUACACAGACUUAUGAAAAGCAGAAGAUAUUGUAGCGUUUUUCGGGGUUGCACUGGAUUCCACAAAAAGA